GCUCCUCUACUUGGUACAUCUCUGUUGCAAAGGAAUGAGAACAGAAAACCUUUGAUUCUGACGAUUGUGGCGUCCAGUAUCGAAGGAUUUUGGCUAUUCGUAGCAUUGAUUAGUUAUUUUGGCAUGCACCACACUUAUUAACUUAUCAUUUCCUAAUCUAACAUCUACACCUCUGUUUACGCGAGUUUCUUCGUUAAAAGUGAAGAAAUUUAGUCACAUAAUCUAGAGCUAUGGAGCUGCAAAGACACGGAACUUGGCCGAUGGCGGUGGCUCGAUAUAAAAGAGAACAAAUUUAUUCAUCAAGACGAAUUCUUGUGGACGAAGAUGAGUUGAUCAAGUCAAACGAUGAUUUUCUUCCAUCGCAAGUUCAAUGUUCAUCGAUGAAUCAAAAAGGUAUUUUACAACCAUUAAGCAAUCCAGCUCUUGUUGCCAACGUCGUUUCACGAAAACUUACACAAGGAUGGCUGAACAUGUUAUUUAAGAAAGGAAGUAAAGGACCUCUUGAUGAUUCAGAUGUUUACAAUGUUUUACCAGAUGAUGCCACGGAAGAACUUGCAGAUGAAUUGGAAAGACUUUGGGACGCAGAAAAAAGGACAAAAGAAAAACCGAAACUUUUCAUACCUUUCGCUAAAUUUCUUGGUUUCAGCUAUCUGUUUAAUUUGGGAUACAUGUUUCUGAAGGAAGCAUUUUGUUUGGCUCAACCUAUAUGCAUUGGUAAACUAGUGGCCUAUUUCACAAUUGGCUCCACAGAAGAAAAAUGGAAGGCUUAUCUUUAUGCUGUUAUAAUGAUUGCAUGUGCUUUUGGUGAAUCUAUUGUGCCCCAUCCUAUGUUUCUUGGAGUUAUGCGAGCUGGAAUGCAUUUACGAGUUGCAGCAGCAGCUUUAAUUUACCGAAAGGCUCUUAGAAUGAGUCAUUCUUCUCUUGGGGAAACUACGACUGGAAAGAUCGUAAAUUUGAUUACAAAUGACGUUCAAAAAUUGGAUCAAGUUGCCUUUUUUCUGCUUUAUUUAUUUGUUGCUCCGUUCUUAAUUGGUGCUAUUUCAUACUUAUGCUGGAUGGAAAUGGGGAUAUCUUUCUUACCUGGACUUAUACUUCUUUUAUUAUUGAUACCAUUUCAAGCCUGGAUAGGACGAUUCUUUGCUUCCCUAAAGAUGAAAAGUGCGUUGUUUACGGAUCAAAGAAUUGGAAUCAUGAAUGAGGUGCUUACUGCAAUGAGGAUUAUAAAGAUGAAUACAUGGGAGGAUUCAUUUCACAAACUCGUAACUGAUGUGCGAAAACAGGAGAGUGACAAGAUCAAACGAACAUCGAGAUACCGUGCAUUAAAUGCUUCAAUUUUCAUUAUUGCCAUUCCACUCAUGACGCUUACCAUGUUUGUUACCUAUGUCCUCAAUGGUGGAUCUCUUACCUCAGAGAAAGUGUUUACAGUUAUAGGGAUAUUCAUGUCAGCUCGAGUAGUCAUGACAAUAUUUGUACCCAAUAGUAUCAUGUUCUUAAAAGAAGGUGGUGUUUCUAUGAAACGUAUUCAAGAUUUUUUGCUAAUGGAUGAAGGAAUUGUUCCAACGUCAGAUACAACAAAUAACAAACACAAAGAAACUAUAGUACGUGGUAUCACUGCAUCUUGGGAUAAGAAUCGUGAGGAAACGUUAAAGGAUAUCAGUUUUAAAGUUUCACCAGGUGAACUUCUUAUGGUGAUUGGGCCUGUAGGAAGCGGAAAGUCAUCUUUGCUCAUGGCACUUUUGCGCGAAUUACCUCUUACAAAGGGGGAAAUUCUUAUACCUCAACACGUUGCAUAUGUUUCGCAAUCGGCGUGGACUUUCACAGGAACAUUGAGAGAAAAUGUGUUAUUUGGCCAAAAAUAUGAAAAAGAGAAAUAUGAUAAAGUAAUUAUGGCUUGUGCUUUGGAUAAGGAUAUCAAAGACCUAAAAAAUGGUGAUUUGACUCUUAUUGGGGAACGGGGCAUCACAUUAAGUGGUGGCCAGCGGUCUAGAGUUAAUUUAGCGAGGGCUGUAUAUUCUGAUGCUGAUGUAUAUUUGAUGGAUGACCCCUUCAGCGCUGUUGAUUCAAUUGUCGGAAGACACAUAUUUGAUGAAUGUAUUCGUGGUAUUUUGAAAACAAAAGUAUGCAUCCUUGUCUCUCAUCAACUUCAAUAUCUAAAAGAUUCUGAUUCUAUCCUUUGCUUACACGAAGGUAAUUUGGUUGGAUACGGUAAUCUUGAGAGUCUUAUGGAAAAUGGUGUUGACAUUUUCGCGCUACUUCAGCAAGAAGAUGAUGAUGAUUCAAGUGUUUUUAUCUCAGAUGAAGUUGCAUUGGAGAAAAGGAAAUGCGAAAAAAUUGAGCGACCGAUUUCAUUAUCUUUUAACCAGACGUUGGAUUUACAAAGAUCUUUAAGUACGCCACCUCACGAGAGGAUUGACAACAAACAAAUGAUUGAUAUUUAUCGUAGUAAAACAAAAAAAAGCAAUCAAAGAAUUUCUUGGCAUCCAGUUACCAUUGGGUCUUUCACUCCACAAAAUUUCCGACGAAACCGAGAUGUUAAAGACACGCAGUCAAUGUAUAUAAUGUCUGGAAGACAAAAAUCAUAUCUUCUCGCUAACAAUUCUGUGCUGACUUUAGAAAAUAUCUCAAAUCAUGGUAGUAAUCUCAAUCUUGAUAAUCUUGGAAAGAAUGAUUUCUCAGAUGAUCUACUUCACUCUACGUUUUCAAGAAAGAAAAGAAGUUCAUCGAGAUUAACAAAUACAACUGCAAGCCUAUUGGAAUUAGACAUAAAGGAAUCAGAAACAGAAAAAAAAGAAAGUGAGGAGAGCAAAACAGAGGAGAAAUUUAUUGGUACAGUAUCGUGGAGAGUAUAUAAAGAAUACAUACUGGCUGGAACUAAUAUUUUCUUUGCUAUUGUUGGAUGUUUUAUGUUUUUGCUCUGUCAGGCUUGUGUUCUUGUCUCUGAUUGGUGGCUUGCUAGAUGGGCAGACCGAGAAACAGUGUUUGCUGGCAGAAAUAGAAGUGAAUAUCUGAUUGAUUCGGAAAGAACAGAAAACAUAAGUGUCUAUGUUAGUCUGGUUGCUGCUUCUAUAAUGAUGUCUGUGGGCAGAGCUUUAGUAAUGUUUUAUAUCCUCAUCAACGCUUCACAACAUCUACACAACAAAAUGUUUGCGGCUAUUCUUUGUGCUCCUAUAUACUUCUUUGAUUCAAAUCCUGUUGGUCGAAUCCUAAAUCGUUUCUCCAAGGAUAUUGGAUUUAUGGACGAUAUGUUACCCGCUACGUUCUACGAAGCUACUCAGUUAGUUGUUCUCACUGUAUCCAUUCUAUUGCUGUGUGUAAUAUCACAACCAUAUCUACUGCUUGGUGCUAUACCUGUGGUUUUUGCAUUUUUAUGGUUGCGUCAUUAUUAUAUCAAAACAGCAAGAGAAAUUAAAAGAUUAGAAUCUUUAAACCGCAGUCCAAUGUACUCGCAUGUUUCUGCCACUUUACAAGGAUUGUGCACCAUUCGAGCAUUUAAUACACAACAAGAUUUUCUCCAGAAAUAUUACCAAUAUCAAGAUCAUCAUUCUUCAUCUUGGUUUCUUAUUUUGACUGGAGUGAGAUGGCUUGGUUUUAGACUUGAUAUGCUGUGCUUUGUCUUCUUUGCUAUUGUUGUGUUUGCGCCUUUGGUUGCCCAGGAAUUCGGGUUAAGUGUUAGUGCAUCAUUGGUUGGUUUGGCUUUCCUUUACACAAGGCAGUUGUUUGGAAUGUUUCAAUUUUGUGUCAGGCAAACUGCAGAGGUUGAAAACCAGAUGGUGUCAGUCGAGCGGGUGCUUGAGUACUGCGACCUGGAACCAGAGUCAAAAAUAGAUAAUAAGGAAAUAAAACCAAGCAAGGAAUGGCCUCAGUUUGGAAUCAUUUCUGCAGAGAAGUUAUCAUUUUCAUAUCAUUCAUCUCUUCCAAACGUCUUGAAAGAUCUCAAUUUUUGCAUACGCUCAAAAGAAAAGGUUGGUAUUGUGGGUCGAACUGGAGCUGGAAAAUCAUCGCUGAUUUCAGCGUUUUUUCGGCUGGCUGAACCAGAUGGUGUCAUUAGAAUUGAUGGUGUUUGCAUCACAGAAUUAGGACUUAACGAUCUACGUGGAAAACUGUCUAUAAUUCCCCAAGAACCAAUCUUGUUUGCUGGAAGUAUAAGGAGAAAUUUAGAUCCAUUCGCAAACCAUUCGGACAUAGAAAUCUGGCAUGCAUUAGAAGAGGUUCAGAUGAAAGAAGUUGUGGAAAAUCUUCCUGAGCGAUUGGACUCUUUCCUGUCUGAGUCGGGCAACAAUCUCAGUGUUGGACAACGCCAACUACUUUGUCUUGCUCGAGCAAUUUUGAAACAAAACAGAAUAUUGAUAGUUGAUGAAGCAACAGCAAACGUUGACCAAAGAACCGACAGCUUGAUCCAAGAAGCUUUAAGGAAUAAGUUCAAAGACUGCACAGUGCUAACAAUUGCUCAUCGUCUAAAUACAAUAAUGGAUUCUGACAGAGUUAUGGUGUUACAUGAAGGGAGAUUGGUUGAAUUUGAUGAGCCCUAUGAGCUUCUUCAAAAAAAUACUUCGAAAUUUUUUGAGCUUGUACAAGAAGUGGGUGGUAUUGGAACAGAGAAACUUCUCAAUAUCGCUCGUAGGUCACAUCAAAAAAGGUUAAAGAGAAAUGACAGCGGACUUGAUUUGCAAGAUGUGAAUUUUCCAACUUCAAAGAAGUCGACGAAAAAUAAAGUGAUAGUUGACAAUCAUACGACAAGUGAGCAAAAUGGCAGGCUUCACUAUUUCAGAAAAACUAAAAUGAGCGGUAGCAAAUAGUUGCCCUUUUGUCAAUGUUGGAAUUUGUAUUUUUACUCAUAAAACGAAAAUAUACAUAAGCAUCGUAGUAACUUGAAGAUGUAUUUAAGAUUGUAAAUAAGACUUUACCAAUAAGCAAUAUAGAGUCUUUACAGACUAUUUUAGCCGCCAAAACACACUGUUCUACAUAAAGUUAAUAACUGCAGAGUACAGACUGUUUUAUAAAGAAAACCACACGCCAAAAAUUGAUUUUACAGAAAUUUAA